AUGGGAAACGAAUUAUCGGCACGUCAAGAAGAUGUUAAGGAUAAAUACGGAAAGGAUUUAAACGAUAUAGGAAAAUGGUAUCAUGGACAUUAUAUUGAGUUUUUACAAAAAGAAAUUUUGAACACAACAUGGAGAAAUGAUAAAUAUAAAAAUCAUAUACAAGAUAAAUAUGGAAAACCUAUUGUAGAUGUUAAUAAAAGAUUUUGUAAAUGGAAAGAAAUACAAAGGGAAAUAUUUGAUGCUGUUAUGGAAAAUCAUAAUCAUGUAUUUUAUACAUGGGAAGAAAAAGCAAAAGUCUUAAUAGAUGAGGCCCUUGAAAAAAAUAAUAUUUCUCCAAAUUGUGAUGAAAAAGACGAUAAAAAAGGACAAAAAAUUGUAGAUAAAGUAGAAAAGAGAGGAGAAAGGGAAUUAGAACCAUGUAAUUUGAAACAUUUCGAUCUUAAAGGUUGUGUGCCUCGACGAAGAACAAAAAUCAAUUUGAAAAAUGUAUACGACACAUUUAAUAAUUUAGAAAAACAUUUGCAAGGUUUUCAACAAGAAUUAAAGGCCGCAAUUAUAUCUGGUGCUAUAGCAACAUCUUUAGGAACUCUUGCAACUAACGAAAUAUCACGUUUACAUAAUGUACAUAAAUAUAAUCCUACGUUACUGUGUAAAAUAAUUAAUAGAAAUGUUGCUGAUUAUAAAGAUAUAUUUUAUGGAAGGGAUAUAUUUAGAAAUGAUAUAUCUGAUGCAUUACAAUGUAAAUUAAAUAAUAUACGUCCUUACUUAGAUACAAAUGGGAAAAAUGUAAAUGGUGUGGAAAAAUGGUGGAAUGAUACUUUAAAAAAACCAAUAGAUAAUUACUUAAAGGAAUUAGAUAUUAAAGGAGGUAUUGAUGGAAGUCAAUGUACAAUUGAUAGUUCUUACGAAAAUGCUCAAUGUGCACGUUUUUUUCGAGAAUGGUUUGAAGAAUUUAUAAAUUUAAAAAAAGUAUACGAAUCACGAAUAAGAGAAACAUGUAUCUAUGGUAAUACAAGGAAUCAAAAAACAAUAGGAGGUACAACCACAUUAUUAAAUUGUACAUCUUAUUGCAAUGGAUAUAAUGACUUUUUAAGAAAACAAAAAAUAUGUUACGAUACAUAUAUAAACAACUGUAAAAACAAAAAAUCUAAGGAUGGAGGAAAUGAUAAUGUUAUUUUCACUGAUUUUAAAUUCGAAGAAAAACAGAUAAAAAAAAAAUUUAAAUGUAAUGAUAAUGAUUGUGGUACAAGCGAAAAUGUAAACCUUGAUGCUUUUUUCAAUGUAGAAACAUCUUCAAUACAUAAAAUAUAUUCCUGUGGAUGUCUUAAAGAUGAAAAGAAAAAAGAACUAAUAUUUAAUAAUAAUGAAGCGAAUAUUUCCAAAUUAGAAACUGUUCUGAACGAAUUGGGUUUCUGUGCUCUUACUGACGAUGCUUUGGACGGAACAGUUGGGGGUAAUGGUGACAAAAUAAUGACGAAGAAGGGAGAUGUAAAAGAUAUAUGUGGUAUUAAUUUUUAUGAUUCAUUUAUUAGAAAAAAUACAAUAAAUCCCUGCAAGAAUAACACGAUAGAGGGAAAAGCAUGGAUAUGUGAUGGAAAAAGUAGAAGUGUUGGGACGAUAUUAACAGAAUGGAAAGAUAAAGCCUGUUUGUCUCCACGAACCCAAACACUAUGUUUAGGAUAUUUACAUGUUGAUAAUAAUGGAACAACAUAUAACAAAAUUGAUUCUAUUGAUAGUAACGAAAAACUAUUAACAGAAUUAGUUUACGCUGCAAAGAUUGAAGGCCAAAAUUUAAAAAACUAUUUCGCAUCACGUCAUGAUGCGCAUCGUGAGCACAAUCUUUGUAAUGCUCUAAAAUACAGUUUUGCCGAUCUAGGAGAUAUAGUAAAAGGAACAAGUAUAUGGGAAAAUGGUUAUACGAAGUUGAUGGAAACAAAUUUAAAAGCAAUAUUUCAACGAAUAUAUGACAAAUUACCUAGUGAGAAACAAAGUAUAUAUAAAAAUGACAAAAAUAACCCGCGUGAUACAAGCUAUCGUUAUUUGCGCGAAGCCUGGUGGAACACUAAUAGAGAAUAUAUAUGGAAAGCGUUAGUUUGUGGUGCGGGAAUGUAUGGUAAUCGUUGCGGUGGUGCUGUUCCUGCCAAUAUCGAUUAUAUGCCUCAAUUUUUACGUUGGCUAACCGAAUGGAGUAGAGAUUUUUGUGAGGAAAAAAAAGAAUAUGACGAAGAUACGAAUAAAGGUUUGAAAUCGAAGUAUGUUUAUUCGAUGUGUAAAGGAUGUGAUUCAACCACAGGAAAUGAAUGUUCUAAGAGUUACCCUUCGUCUGGUCAUUCUUCAUCAAAUGUCACAUGUUCAAAAUGUAAAAUAACAUGCAUUGAAUAUAAUUCUUGGAUAGAAAAUAAGAAAAAAGAAUAUGAACAACAAAGAGAAAAAUACGACUUAGAAAUCCAAAAAGCAACAACAAAUAAGAAACAUAAUAUGUUAUAUAAUAGUAAAAAUAUUACCGACUUUUUUAAAAAAAUGGAAAAGGAUUAUCCUAAGGCAAACCAAUUUUUACAAGAACAGUUGAAGGUAAGCGGUUGUGAUAAAAAUUUGGACGAAAUAAAAUUUACGGAUGAAAAAAGUACGUUUAAUUUAAAACAUAAAUAUUGUAGAUCAUGCAAUGAACAAAAACAUCUUGAAGAUGCUAUAGGAGUAAAAUUUCUUCCAGGUGGUCUUCCAGGCCAACCUCCAUUUCGUCGAGUUCCUACAGGAACAACUGUUAUUCCACCAAAUACCACAGGUUCACAAAACAUUUCUGUAAGUACGAUACCAGGAAUAUCUGUUGGAGAAUUUGAAGAACAAAAACCAAAACAUGAAUGUGAUGACAUAUUUAAUGGAAAUUGGAACGAAUGGGAUUGUAAUCAAACCGACAAGGAAGGUAAAUCAGUAUGCAGAAAAAAAAAUAAUACAGAUUAUGACAAAGAAUUUUUCAGUUUAUUUAAUGAAUGGAUACAAGAAUUUUUAAAUGAACACAAAAAAAUUGAAGAAAAUGUAAAGAAAUGUACAAACAGUAAAGGUGGAGAUCCAAGUAAUUGUCCUGAUGAAAAAUGUCGAAAUCAAUGUUAUUGUUAUAAUAAAUGGGCAAAUAAUAAACAAAAAGAAUGGAAUUCACAAAAAGAAUUUUUUCAAAGAAAUAAUAUAGGAAGUUAUGGAGGACUUAGUCUUGGUGAUAUUGGAUUGGAUUUAUAUUUAGAUACAUCCGGAAUGUUCGAUGAGUUAGUAAUUGAUGAAAAUGUUACCCCAAGUUCCCAAAUACAACAAAAAAUAAGUGACGCAAUAAACAAAUCAGAAGAAUGUGUUGAAAAAUGCCCCAAACCAAUAAAAUGUGAAGAUAAAGGUUUUGACAAUAAUUGGCAAUGUGACCACCCACCUAGUUCUCUAGGUAACCGCAAAAACUCUAUGUGUUUGAGAAAAGGAGAUGAUAAAUAUAAGAAGGAAAAUUUAGAUAAAUUACAGUUGACAUACAAAUUUUAUGAUGUUUUCAAUGAAUGGUUAAACGAUAUGCAACAUAUGUUAGAAGACAAUAUGGAAAUAUUAAAAUCAUCAUGUACGAACAAAUUUAUAAGUAUUCAAAAAAACAAAAAAAAUAAUAAUAAUAAUAUGUGCAAUAUAUGUAGAGAUGAUUGUAAAUGUUAUGAUGAUUUAAGAAAAAAAAUUGAUGAACAAUGGAAAAAACAAAAAAACUAUUUUGAAUUAUAUAAAAAAUAUGAAGACAAUAUGAUGAAAGACAUUGAUCUUGAUACAUAUUUGGAAGCGCAAUGUGAAUAUAAUUUGACAGAAAAAGGAAAAAGCGAAAGCGAAGCACAACAAGAAUGUUCGAAAAAAAACACGAAUAGUAGUAAUAAAAAUCACACAAUUUUUGACGAAAUGUUAGAAAAUAAGACUAAAACGAAAGAAUCUGUGUGUGAAGCAUGUCAAAACGAUAACGAAAACAAACCUGUUGACGAAAAAUUUUGUAAUAACAUUCAAGAUGCUAGUAAUUGUAAUGAAAAAACGUUUCAUGGAUUAGACAAUGAUGGUAAAGAGAAAAAAACAUGGUUGUGUAAAAAUAAUAAUGCAAAAUCAGAUGUUAAAAAAGAUGUUUGUGUUCCUCCUAGAGGACAAAGUAUAUGUAUAGCAAACAUGUAUGAUGAUAGUACAAAAUUAAAACUGAGCAAUUUAGAAGAUGAUUUAAAAAAAAAAUUAAAAGAAGCAAUAAAAACAGAAACGAAAUUAUUAUGGGAAAAAUUUGGAAAAAAUAGUCAUGAUCAUCAUAAAGCAUGUAGAUUAACUCAUAGAAGUUUGAACGAUUUUAAACAUAUGGUUAUAGGAGAUAUAUUAUGGAAACCUGAAAGUAUUAAUAAAGUACAGGAACAAAUUGGUAAAAUAAUAGGACAAAAAAAUAAUAAAAGUGGUACCGCUACCCCUGCUACUACGGAAGAACGUCAAACCUGGUGGAAAGACAACGAAAAAGAUUUUUGGAAUGCAGUCAAAUGUGGUAUAAAAGCGGCAAACACUAAACACAGUGGUAACGAAUGUGUACGAUUUAUUUCUGAUGAUGACCAGUUCGAAUGGUGGGCAAAGGAAUGGUCCGAUGAUUUUUACGAGAAACGUGACACACUGGUGAAGGGGUUAGAUGGGGCGUGUAAGGGUAAGGAUGGGUGUAAUGGUGGAAGUAAUACAACUACUGGUGAGUGCAAGAACAAGUGUGAAAUAUAUAAAACUUUUCUACAAAAAAAAAGAGAUGAGUGGAAUAAGAAUUUUAAAAAAUAUUUGGAAGAAAAAGCCAAUCCAAAAACCCCACCUAGUGGUGUUGAUCAAAAAGAGUAUAGUCCUGAAAUUUUUUAUUUACUAAACCCUUGUACUUAUCAGAGUUGUGAUAAUAAAUAUAUAACGGCAUUGUUGAGUACCAAGGAGUAUGGAGAUAAACAAAAAUUGUGCGCGUGUGAUGCAACGUCACAAAAAGAUGACGAAACCAACCCAUGUAGUGAUACGUUCACUGAGUAUGGUUGCACACAAAAAAAGUUUGACAAAAAUAUUUGGAGUAGUACAUAUGUGACACACCAGACGGACCGUGGUAAGGUUUUCGCCCCUCCGCGCCGGAACAGUAUGUGCAUCGGGUGGCUAUUCUCGCCCAUAAUUGGUGGGAAACACGGUACUAGUGGGAAAACACUGAGUAAAGAUGCAGCGAAAAAUUUAUUGAGAGAUAAACUGGUGUAUGCCGCAAAAGGUGAAGCGCACUAUUUAUGGAAACACUACAUGGGGGGAAAAAACACAGGUGAUACCACCAAAUAUUGUCGCGCCCUCGUCCGCAGUUAUUACGACUAUGGCGAUAUGGUUAAAGGCACAGAUUUGUGGUCUGGAGGGUAUUCGGCUCUCGUGGAAAAAAAUAUUCAAUCAGUAUUUGAAUUAGAUAAUGAUGGCAAAAAUGGUAAAUUAAUUAAAACAAAAGAAGAAUUACUAGAAGAACGCAAACAAUGGUGGGAUACUAUCCGUGGAGACGUAUGGAAAGCAAUGAAUUGCGACAACAAAAACACGUGUAAUGGUGGUUCUACCCCUGAUGAUGACAAGAAACCGCAAUUUUUACGAUGGAUAGAUGAAUGGGGAGAAUAUAUAUGCGAAGAAAGACAAAAACAAAUGAGAGAAUUAUCGGAUAAGUGUAAAGAAAGUGGUAAGGACGUCAUAAAAGACAGUGGUUGCGCCAAUGCCACUAAAGAAUGUAAACAACAAUGUAAUAAGUAUAAUAGAUGGAUAAAUAUAUAUAAAAGGGAAUGGUUAGGCCAAAAAUCCAAAUACAAAGAAAUAUAUGAUAAUAAAGACAAGAGCGAAUAUAAAGAUUAUAAACCACAUAUAAACGAUAAUGAGGAUGCAAAUAAAUAUAUAAAAACCAAAUGUGAUAAAUGCAAAAAUAGUGGUAGUAGUGGCGCCAACCAUAUAAAUUUAGAUGAAGUGUUCAGUAAAACCGAUGGUGAAUAUAAAAAAUACGAACCCUUUUGUACAGAAUGUAGAAUCAACGAAAUUGUGGACACGGUGAAGAAAAAACAAAAACGUGGACGUUCCAAUCCGUGUGCCAAUCCUAGUGGUAUCACACCCACUAAAACCAUAGAGGAUAUCGCCAAAGAAAUGCAGGAAGAGGCAAAGACACAAUUGGGUACUAGUAGUGGUUUGGUAGGAGAUGUAUCCAAAGCGGAAUUUAAAGAUGGAGGAACCGGAAACGACUUGGCUACUGAUAUUUGUACAAUUGACAAAAACAAACAUACCAAUGAUCCUCGUAAGGAAGAUGGACCAUGUACAGGUAAAGGAGGAGGCAAAGGUACAGAUACGAGAUUUGAAGUAGGAACACAAUGGGAAACGAAGGACCAAGAAGUAAAUUCAAACCACAAAGGCGUUUUAUUAUCUCUUAGACGUCGACAUAUGUGUACCUCGAAUUUGGAGAAUUUGACCACAAAUAGCGGACCGCUUGCAGAUGGUAAUAAUGUUAAUCAUUCGUUUUUGGGAGAUGUAUUGCUAACUGCAAAAUAUGAAGCACAAAAAAUAAUAGAAAUGUAUAAAGAUAAGAAUAGCAAACAAGAUUUAAAUGACGCAAAAGACAAAGAAACUGUAUGUAAAGCUAUGAAAUAUAGUUUUGCCGAUAUAGGUGAUAUAAUUAGAGGAAGAGAUAUAUGGACUCAAAACACUGAUAUGCAAAAUCUGGAAGAUAAGAUGAAAAAAAUAUUUGGUAAAAUUCAACAAAAUCCUCAAAUCACAGGUAUAUAUAAAGAAGGCUCACCCUAUACCACAUUACGUUCCGCCUGGUGGAAUGCUAACCGCGAGCAAGUAUGGGAAGCAAUGAAAUGUGGAAGAACCGGCAUAAACUGUGAUAAAGAUACCCCACUUGAUGAUUACAUCCCCCAAAGAUUAAGAUGGAUGACAGAAUGGGCCGAAUGGUUCUGCAAAGCACAAAAAGACGAGUAUAACAAGGUGAGGACGGCGUGUACUGGGUGUGAGAGUGGUGGAACAUGUACAGAUUGUGACAAAUGUAGAUCUAAAUGCACAGAAUAUACCAAUUUUAUUACAAAAUGGAAAGCGGAUUGGAAAUCAAUGGAAGGAAAAUACAGACAAUUAUACGAUAAUGCAAAAAUUCCUAGUAGUAGUACUCCUGGUAGUGAUGAAAAUCAAAAAUAUCUUGACCAAUUUUUAAACAAAUUACAAAUACUAAAUGGCAGUAAUAACACAUUUGAAAAUGCUAAAGUAUAUGUACAUGAUAUAGGUAAUUUUGAUGAUUGCAAGGAACAAAAUGUUUUUUGUGAACAAAAUAGUGAUGGAAAAAACAACGACAAGUAUGUAUUUAGGGAUAAGCCAUAUGACCAUGAAACUAAGUGUACGUGUACGACACCUGCUAAACCAGCUGCAGUACGACCUCCGGCAGCAGCCGCGGCAAAACCCGCAGCAACCAAGCCAGCAACAACAAAACCACCUAGUGGUGGGGCAUCACAUGGUGGUCAAGACACCGCUGGUGCGCAACAACCAACACAACAGGGUGGGACACAAACACCUACGACAACACCUGUGUCAACGACGACGACAGUGACACCCACAUCCACACCUACUGGGACACAAUCGAAAACACCAUCACCAGCUGCAGGACGUAGUAGUACACCUAGUAUCAUUACUUCAAGUACCUUAGAUGGACACGGAACAAUACAAAUCGCUCUUAACCCGGAUCCCUACGUCGAUCCUUCACGUCCACCAGGAAAAAGUACUAGUAGUAGUGGAGAACCACAACCGCAAAGUCCACCUCAGGCUCCGCCGUCAUCACAAAGUCAAGCACCACAGGAACCUGACUCAAGUACACCAAACCAAAACAGAAAUAUACCUAGUGGAAAACCUAUUUUUCGAACUUCUGUUGAUAGUUUUGGAAAUACUGAUGAUCCAAUAAAUCAAUCUCGUAGUAGUAAUAAAAUGAAAAAAUCAACUUAUCCUAUGAAUUGUGUGGAAAAAUCAGCAUAUUAUUUAUCUAAAGAAGCAGAAAAUGCUUUAGAUAAUGUGAAAAAUAAAUUGCAGGGACCAGAAAAACAUGAUGUAUAUACAACAAAACAAGAUGAUUGGAGUAAUACUAGUAGUUGCACAAUUAUUGAUUCUGUUACUAAUGGACAUAUAUAUACCUGUGAUGUAAAUGGAAAUCCUUAUGAUGAAAUAGACAAAUGGGAAUGUGAUAAAAAAAAAAAUAACGUGACCAACCAAGAUAUAUGUUUGCCUCCACGAAGGAAACAUAUGUGCCUAACAACAUUACAAAAUAUAGACACAUCAUCAAAAACAACUUCAUCAGAUGAAUUGUUCAAAAACGUAUUAAGUACAGCAGCACAUGAAGGAAAACAUUUGAAAGACAAAUGGGAAAAAACAGAACAAAAUCAAAAAUCAACAGAUGGAACAAAAACAAGAUCAAGUAUUAAACGCUACGAAUUAUGUGAUGCUAUGAAAUACAGUUUUGCAGAUAUAGGGGAUAUAAUUAGGGGUAGAGAUAAUUAUAGAGGUCCAAAUGGUAAUAAUAAUAACAUAGAGGAAAAUUUAAAAAAUGUUUUUGAAAAAAUUAAAACAGAGGUUGAUAGUAGUGGUACCACUUAUAAAGGUGAUGACAAAUCCACCCCCAAGUACAAAAAACUUAGAGAUGCGUGGUGGGAUGCAAAUCGUGACAAAAUAUGGCAAGCGAUGACAUGUACUGCUCCAGAAAAUGCUCCUCUUCGUAAAUAUCUCAAAGAUAGUGGAAUUGAUAACUUAUCAUAUUCACGAUAUAAAUGUGGUCACGACGAUGAUCCCCCAACAGAUGAUUAUAUUCCUCAGGUGUUUCGUUGGAUAAGUGAAUGGAGUGAAAAUUAUUGCAAAGUUCAAAAAGAAAAAUUAGAUAAUUUGAAAAAAGAAUGUGGUGAAUGUGAUAAAGAUAAAACUGAUUUAGCAUGUAUGAUGAAAUCAAAUACUAAAGAUACAAAAUGUACGAAAUGCAUAAAUUCAUGCAAAGUAUACACAAAUAUGAUUAAUACAUGGUAUACUCAAUGGACAAAACAACAAGAAAUAUAUAAGCAAUUAUAUACUUCUAAAAAUUCAGUUGAUAGUAAUGAAAGGCAUAUUAAGGCAUUUUUAGAUAAAAUUAAUAAAGAAUGUCAAGUUAAACCAGGAAAUGCAAAAGAAUUUCUUAAUGAAACGAGUAAUUGUACACGUCUUACAUUUGACGAAAACAAAAAACAAAAUAAAAUUCCUUAUGCCUUUGAAAACCCACCUGAUGGAUAUAAAGUUUUGUGUGGUACUGAAUAUAGGAAAUCAUGUAAAGCAUUAAAACGUAUAGGAUCUCAUAAGAUAUGUGAAACAAAAUAUGGCUUAGUUGGUGAAGGUUCUAAGUGGAAGAAACUUAUUGGUUAUAAUAUAUAUGUACCACCACGAACACAGCAAUUAUGUUUAAAACCAAUAGAAACAUUGGAAAAACAAAAGACAACAACAUCUGAUGUUGCAGAACACAUAUUUUCUAUGAGAAUGCAGGCUUCAGCAUACAAUGAAGCAAAAUUACUUUAUGAUUAUUUUUCAGGAGACGGUAAAGUAAGCAUAUAUUCAAAUGAUAGUGUAGUCACUGACGACGACAUAAAACACCUUACACUUGAAUCGAUGAAAAGAAGUUAUGCCGAUUAUGGUGAUUUAAUUAAAGGAACGACACAAUAUGAUUAUAAUGGUAUAAAAUCCAAAGUACGUGAUAUUAUAGAAAAACUAGGAUACAAUGAUAUAUCGAGAAAAACUCGAGAAUAUAUAUGGAAUAAACAUAAAUCCGAUAUUUGGCAUGCUAUGAUAUGUGGAUAUAAUGAUGCAAACCAAAAUAAUACACUUGAUGAGGAAGACGUAAUGUGCAAAUUACCUAAUAGUGAUACUGAAAAGGAAUAUUUACGUUGGUUUACUGAAUGGACUGAAGAUUUCUGUACUCAGUAUAUGAAAAACUUAAAAAUGUUGAAAGACAAAUGUUCCUUUGAUAAUUGCGAUGGGGCCGAUAAUAACAACAUAAUGGAAUGUCAAAAAAUAUGUUCCAAACAUAAAACAUGGAUCUCCCAAAAAAAAGAAGAAUACAAAACUCAUAAAGAUAAAUAUAAUUUUGAAUACAAAAUAUUAAAUGGAAAAAUCAGAAAUCCUCAUGAUGUUUUAAAAGAAAAAUGUAAAGAAAAAUGUGAAUGUAUAUCUCAAAAUGUAAAUAAUGAUAAUAUAGAUAACGUUUUUGAAGAAUAUCCUGAAACGUUUAAAACGAAAUGUGAAUGUUCACCUGAUCCAAUGAAUAAAUGCCCAUUAAAUGAUGAAAAUUAUACAAUUUGUAAACGUUUUAACCGUGUUAGUAAGUGUUCAACAUAUAUUUAUGAAAAUAAACUUUCUGAAUGGGAUAAUCAACUUAUAAAGGAUAAUACUGAUGAGAAUAAAGGUGUGUUACUUCCUCCUAGAAGAAGAUAUUUAUGUACAUUACCCUUACGAUAUAUAAAAAACAGAAAAAUAGACAAGAAUGUCUUUAAAAAGAAACUUCUUGAUGCUUCUUAUAAUCAAGGAAUCCUUAUAGGAAUAAAAUUUAAAGAUAAUAAAGAUGAAGCAUUACAAGCAAUGAAAUAUAGUUUUGCGGAUUAUGGAGAUAUAAUUAAAGGUACGGAUAUGAUGGACCAUAUUCUUUUAGGUGAUUUGAAAACAAAAUUAGAUACCUUACUUAAAAAUACUGGAUCUAACGGUCAAUCAAAUGGUCGCGAACAAUGGUGGGAACAAAAUCGAACUCGUGUGUGGAAUGCAAUGUUAUGCGGAUACAAAAAAGUAAAUACAGUAAAGAUUUUUGAUGAUGAAUGGUGUAAUGUACCUUCUGAUGAUAACACUGAUCAGUUUUUGAGAUGGUUGACUGAAUGGUCCCAACAAUACUGUAAAGAAAAAUCAACAAUUUCCCAAACACUAAAAGAAAAGUGCAACGAUAUUAUUAAUGGAAAAAAAAAAACUAACAAUAUAUACACUAUCAACAAUAUGGAAUGCAAAAACUUAUUUAUAGAUUAUGAAAAAUGGCUUAUAUAUCGAAAUAAUGAAUGGAAAGGAUUAUCUGAAAAAUAUAUUAAGAUUAAAAAUGCCAAUAAUUCUGGUAGUAAUACACUAACUGAGGAAAAUGCAGAAGAAUAUGUAAAAAAACGAUGUAAAGAGUGUAUUUGUAAUUUCACAGAUAUGGAAGAUAUAAGUAAAAAAGAUACACCUAAUGAUAAUACAGUAUUAAAAGAACUCAUUAAAAUAAUAGACCUUGAUACUGAUCCAUCUCGUACACAAAUACAAAAUAUAUCAAACAAAAUAAAUUUGAAUCCAAAAAGUAUAAAAAUAGCUCUAGAUAUUGCGAAAGAUAUACUUUUAUAUGGAUUCACAGGUACCAUGGGAGUUACAACAAUUGGAUUAGAAAGUGGACAAUAUUUAAAAAAAAAGAUUCAAGAUUUGUACAACGAAAUAAUAAAACCUGUUGAAAAGAAACCAGAUACAUCAUCUAAUAACCUUACAUUCUAUGAAAACCCCAACAUUAUGGUUCCUGUUGGUAUUGGUACGGCCCUAACAAUAGGAUGGCUUUUAUUCAAGUGGAGAAGUCCCCUUAGAAGUAAAGUGCAUAUCGACGAUAUGAUCCGGAUAUUAGAAAUGCCACAAAACGAUUAUAACAUACCUGAUGAAACAUCCACUAAUAGGUAUAUACCAUAUGGUAAAUAUAAAGGAAAAACGUACAUAUACGUGGAACGUGACGGUGACAGUGAAGAUGACAAAUAUAUGUUUACAUCUGAUACUACUGACGUGACUUCAUCAGAAAGCGAGUAUGAAGAGAUAGAUUUAUAUAAACCACGUAGUCCUAAAUAUAAAACUUUAAUUGAAGUUGUUUUGAAACCAACUAAAAGUGGUACCACAUCAAAUAGUGGUGAUAUACCUAGUGAUAUAUCCACAAAUAAACUCACUGAUGAAGAAUGGAAUGAAUUAAAACAUGAUUUUAUUUCCCAAUAUUUACAAAACGUACCAAAGGAUUUACCUAAUAAAAAUAUCAUUAAUGAUGAUAUAUAUAAAAAUAUCGAACCUAAUAUUUUAGACGUUCAUAAUGAGGAAAAACCUUUUAUUACAUCUAUUCAAGAUCGAAAAUUAUAUAGUGAUGAUAAAGAUGUUUUUAGUUAUAAUAUUGAUUGGAAUAUACCAAAUAAUAUAAGAACUAAUACUGCGACAUAUAAUAGUUUAUAUAGUGGUAUUGAUUUAAUAAAUGAUUCGUUAAAUAGUGGUAAUAAUAUAUAUGAUGAAUUAUUGAAAAGAAAAGAAAAUGAAUUAUUUGGAACAAAACAUCCAAAAAAUACAACAAUAAAUAGUUUUGCCAAAAAAACAAAUAGCGACCCUGUACUUAACCAACUAGAAUUGUUCCAUAAAUGGUUAGAUAGACAUAGAGAUAUGUGCAACCAAUGGAAUAAUAAAGAAGAAAUGUUACAUAAAUUAAAAGAUGAAUGGAAUAAAGAAAAUAAUCAACAUAUAUUGGAUAUAUCAUCAACUCAUAAUGAUAUGAAUGAUGAAGAAACAUAUAAUGUAAUAAACACUCACGAAAGUAAUGAUAUAACAUUUGUUGACCAUCUUGGAUCAACAAAUAUAUCACUCAACGAUCUUCAAACAAACAAUUUACGUACAAAUAUUUAUAUGGAUAUACAUUAUAAUGAAAAUAAUGAUAUAAUAAACGAAGAGGAUCAGUUGGAAAAUUCGUACAAUUCUUCAUGA